AUGUCUGAAACCGCAGUUACACGUUUAACUGAAGAGAGAAAAGCUUGGCGCCGGGACCAUCCCUUUGGCUUUGUGGCCAGGCCGGUGAAAAAUAGAGACGGUUCCCAGGACCUGAUGGUAUGGGAAUGUGUUAUCCCCGGAAAGACGCGAACGCCAUGGCAAGGUGGUUCUUAUAAACUGAGGAUGUAUUUCAACGAUGACUACCCUCUCAGCCCCCCGCUAUGCAUGUUUGAACCUCCCCUGUUCCAUCCGAACGUGUUCCCGUCCGGAAAAGUGGCUUUAUCAACGUUGGACAAAGAAAAGGAUUGGCAUCCGGCGAUGACCAUUAAACAGCUUCUACUGGGAAUACAGCGUUUGCUGACCGAACCAAACUUCAAAGAUCCUGCACACCCGGAAGCCUACACCGUCUACCGCCGAGGCCGUCUGAUGUAUAAAGAGCGCAUACGAGAACAAGCACGCGCCAUGGCAGACAGAUUUUAA